GUUCUUGAGCGCAACGCCAUUACGCAUGUGACUCGUCACCGGCUCCUGCAGGCUGUUUUGGGCUCCGUUGGUUAUAUGAAUGAAAUCUAAAGAUGAAAAUGUGUUGGAGAAAUAAUUGCAGCUGAAGUUAGGCAAAAGGACAAUUUGGGAAUAUCAGAAGUUUCUAUAUCUAUCCGAGAGUAUUAAGGAACAUGCUUUCCUUUCCAUUUUAAGUUAGCAACACUUUCCAGCAUUUACAAUAUCUUUUGCGUAUCUUAUGUCAUUUAUCCUGGAGUAAACGGACAGAAGUUGCGAAUGAAGUCGUCAAGCGCUGAUCGAUCGGAAUCUUGAGAGAAGUUUAAGUGAAAUCGGCCUAAACAUGAUAUCUUGUCAGAGUAAGGAUUUUCUCAUAAGGAUCGCCGGUUACUGGAAGCCGCUUUUCAGAGGCAGAUUUCUGAUCGUGACAAACACGGUGAGCUGUGGAGGGAUGUUGGCAGCGGGAGAUUUCCUCCAGCAGACGCGCGAGACGCGGAGGACACCCGGCCGAACACGUGACUGGACGCGUACAGGUUGUAUGUUUGCGGUCGGAUGCUCCAUGGGUCCUUUCAUGCAUUAUUGGUACCUGUGGCUCGACAAAUACUUUGUAGGCAAUGGCAUUAAUAAUGUCUGCAAGAAAGUGCUUACUGAUCAGCUGGUCGCAUCGCCAGCACUGGGGGCCUGGUACUUUCUAGGUAUGGGUAUGAUGGAGGGUCACACUUUGUCUGAGGCACAAGCAGAAUUCAGAGACAAAUUCUGGGAGUUUUACAAGGCAGAUUGGUGUGUUUGGCCAGCAGCUCAAAUGAUAAAUUUCUACUUCCUGCCACCCAAGUUUCGUGUCCUUUAUGUGAAUAUAAUCAGCCUGGGAUGGGACACUUAUCUCUCCUACCUCAAACACAGAGACCAAGUAGAGGCCACAACAGAAGCUGAGUGAGCUGCCUGAAGAUGUCUGAGGAAAAGGGAAUAUUUAAAACCACAGCUCCAACCAUGAAGAAAUAAUUAAAUCUUAUUUUCCAAGACUGUUAAUGGACAUCUUUCUGUUUUUAAAUAUCAUAUAAUAUAAUUUUAUCCAGUAAUGCCAUUGCACAUUUUGCCACUGGAAUUGAGUUUUUAUUGUUUUUGAAUA